CAGUAAUCAGUUGUGACUGUCGAGCGAAGGGAAAAUGUCGGCACGUUGGGGGCUGCUGUGCCACUAGUGACUGUCGCCCGUCUCGCCUCCGUUUCCCGUUAAUUUCUAAUUAUUAGUCAUUAUUUUGAACCCUUAGUUAUUUCGUGAAACCUUCUUUAUUCAGAAAAUUUUCUGUAAGAACAUUUAUCAACCCAAUAGACGCGGGACGGUAUUAUUUCUGUGGCGUUUUGUGCGUCGUCGUCGCGUCGUCGUCGUUGUGUGGUAACUAAAAAGAGUCCAACAUGUCGCUCAGCAACGCAAAGGUUGAAUUUAUCGUGGGUGCAAAAUAUCGACUGAUGAGGAAAAUUGGAUCCGGAUCAUUCGGUGAUAUUUAUCUCGGGAUCAACAUCUCAAAUGGCGAAGAAGUUGCAGUGAAACUGGAAAAUAUGCGAGCCCGCCACCCGCAGCUCCUCUACGAAUCCAAAUUAUACAAAAUCUUACACGGCGGAAUCGGAAUACCUCACAUACGAUGGUAUGGUCAGGAACGUGAAUAUAAUGUGCUCGUUAUGGAUUUAUUGGGACCUUCUUUAGAAGAUCUCUUUACAUUCUGUUCGCGAAGAUUUACGAUAAAAACAGUAUUGAUGCUGGCUGACCAAAUGAUUGGAAGAAUCGAAUUCGUCCAUUGCAAACACUUUAUUCACAGAGAUAUAAAGCCAGACAACUUUUUGAUGGGUAUCGGGCGCCACUGCAAUAAGCUCUUCAUGAUAGAUUUUGGACUAGCAAAAAAAUACAGAGACAGUCGCACCAGGUCGCACAUAAUAUACAGAGAGGAUAAGAAUUUGACGGGAACAGCAAGAUAUGCUUCAAUUAACGCUCACCUUGGCAUUGAGCAAAGCCGCCGUGAUGACAUGGAAUCUUUGGGUUAUGUUCUUAUGUACUUCAAUCGAGGAUCCUUGCCUUGGCAGGGGCUCAAGGCUGCUACCAAAAAGCAGAAAUAUGAAAAGAUCAGUGAAAAAAAAAUGUCCACUCCAGUUGAGGUCUUGUGUAAGGGCUUCCCAGCAGAGUUCGCGAUGUACCUGAACUACACACGACAGUUGCGAUUUGAAGAGAGUCCUGACUACAUGUACCUGCGUCAAUUGUUCCGCAUAUUGUUCCGGACCUUGAAUCAUCAGUACGAUUAUACAUUUGACUGGACAAUGCUAAAGCAGAAGGGGGCCAGCCUCAACCCUGUCAGCGGUCCAUCUGCGAGCGGUCAAGUCCUACCGAGCCAAGGACCACAAGGUCAGGGCCAAGGUCAAACACCUACUCAAGCCAAUGCCCAGACAGCAGAUUAGUUUCGGACAAUAGAGCAGCGAGUGGUCCAGCGCCUGUGGAGUGGAGAUCUUCUCUGUGUACAGCAUGGCAUUUAACUGUUGAUUAGAGGAAAAAACUAAUUGGGUUAAAUUCACACCAUACAAACAAUGAAAUUUCACAAAUUCUAAACUCUGUUUGAGAUUUCUUUUUUCCUUGGUUUUUUAAUAAUUACUAUUUUUUUAUAUGAGAAUAUGAAAAAAUACAGAUACUUUGAAGAAAAAAGUCUUAGUUUUACAGAGUAUCAUUGUUAUAUUUGUUCUUGUUGUCAAUGGACUUAUUAUUGAAAAAAAUUAGCCACGGGUGAGAGUGAAGUGGUCAAACAGUUCCGAGCAGCAGGCGUCAACGUAGCUCUUCAUGCUGCGAACAACUCAACGAAAAAGGACUAGCUACAUCGUCUUCCUAUCCCAUUUACUUCAUAAUCAACUAAACUCUACUGUUGAGAAACAUCAAAAAACCUAUAAAAAAUUAUCUAAAGAAUGAACAUCCAACACAAUUGUUUGGCGAUAUCUGUACUCCGGGUUUGUAGUGUAAAUUAACGUUUUCAUCAAGCAAUAUCAUCAAGUAUUUAGUUUCAAUGGAUUGAAUUUUUCCAAGAUUUACUCACUUGAAAUUUAUAUGUGCCUCGAGUACAAAAAAGGUAUUGCUCGAAUUUAUCUCAUUUGAUGAAAAAAAAAAAAAAAAAUGAAUUUUCUAAGUGACUUACAGAGGUACAUUGAACUUUGGACAUUGUGAAGGUCUCGAGUACAGGUGUAGUCGUUGACUUUCCUAACUUUUCUGUUUUUUUCUUGUCUUUGACGUUCUCCUCUGUAUCCAAUUUUUGAGUAAAUUAACGACAUUUUUUUUGUUGAAUUACUGAUGCUGCUACUACUGCUGCUGCUGCUGUUGUUAUCACUACUGAAGCAUAUAGUAAAGGAUACGAGACAUGAAUAAAUAACAGUAGUCCUGUCUAGCGGAGUUCAUACUUGUAUAUACAAACAUUGAUUGAAUGUUCAUUACAAUCGAUUCUUGUAGUCGUUGAUUGAAGUAUGAAGAAACAAGGUGUACCAGAAUAAAAUGAUACACUUUUUACUGUUCAAGAAACCUGUCUCUCAAUAUAUACCUACGUGUCUGUAUAUUCUUUCGUUAUCUGAUAUUUUUAUGAACGUGGUGCACUAAUUGUCAAUCACCAAAAUCUGUAAUAUUAUUUUGAUGUACUAGCGGUAAAGAACGCCAUUAUGGUCACGUUUUCCGGUCAUAAAAUUAAACUUGACGGACACGUAUUCAACUGAACACAUGUUUAAUUUUAUGAUCGAAAAACGCAACCGUAAUAGAGUACCUGACGGUUACUACAUCGAAAAAUAAUGUCCGCACCACGGCCGUACAACUUUUCUACCUUUGUACGAAAACUGCUAUUCUUUCAAAUCAUAUUAAUUUGAAUUUUUUACUCUAUUUAUUAUACGAAUUACAUCGCUUUAGUGAAAAAAAUGUAUUGUAUACUCGUAUUCACAAAAUUUAUAGUCUAAAUGAAAAGAUCUAUCGAAGAAUUUGGAUUUAAUUAUUUUUAUGUUCUAUGAUUAACUGGAGUUGAUCUGCUAAAAUCUAACACCGCAAACCACGCCUCUUCUUGUGACUAACUGAUGCUAACAUUUCAACAAGAAUUUUUUUCUCGUUUGUUUCAGGAACGCGUUAAAGCUCCGAAUGCCCCCUGAUAGCCCUGAAUCAGUUGCGAUUGCUAAAAGUGCCCCGAAUGCGAGACUUAACAUAAAACUGACAUUAAAAACAAUGAGCUGAAUUAAAUGUAAAGUAUUUGGAUACUAAAAAGACGACAUUUUAUUGAAUGAACAAAACAACGUUGUUCAUAAAGUGAAAAAUUUAGGGAAAAUUUUUAAGUAAAAUAUAGAAAAAAUUUAAAAAAAAAAUAAAAUAAAAAAAAAAAGUGAACUGGUAUUGGACCAUUUUUGAUGAGUGCUCAUCAGAAAUUUCAGAUCUAUAGAAAACUCAAUUUCCUAUCUUUCUAGUAUUUAAAACUUUCCUCAUAAUUCAGUUCAGAUUUAUUACCCGGAUGAGAGAUUGGGCGUGAGGUUGGCUUGUUCUCGUACUAUUGCAGUGAUUUUCAUUAUUUAUACUUUUGUGGUAAAUUGGAAAAUUAAAUAUUCAAAAGAUUCCUUAUACAUUUUCAUUCGAUUUUCAUUCGAAUUUCAGGCUAUAUUUAGUUUGAUAAUUCAUACAUACUGUUGAUUGUGCAAAUUCAAAAUCUUGCAUGUGCUGCAAAGGCUGUG